GUUCAAAUGACCCUGCGGUUGGAGAGUAUUUUACGGGAUUAAAUGGAAUUUCAAAAUGCGCCUGUUCCCUUCUCGUCCUCAGCCGCCAUGCUUUCCGAGAUCUUCGACACCUCCCCCCGGCUGGUCCCAGCCAUGUCCUCAUUCUCGGACAAGGCGAGCCCCAAGGCGUCAUGUGUUGCGUAUCUGCAGCGUAUACCACUGCUGAACGAUCUCGAAGAGUUCUACGCCCGAGCCAAAGACGGCGUCACUGCGUCCUCUCGGAUGGUGCUGACGGAUGAUAGCGGCCAGCUGCUCGAGUUCUCCGUCGAGGGCGGGAUGCGUCUCCAUCAGCUAGCUUACUCUGUCGACGUUUCUUUCCAAUGGACCUCUAGGACGCGCCCCUUCGAACAGUAUCUCAUCGGGACCUUCGACAUCCCGACCUCCAUUCUCGCCGACGCGUCGUUUUGUGAAAAUCAUCUGACUCCUGCGCUCAUCCGCGACGCCUUAGUCCUCUCUAUCACUCGGGGGUGCAUAUACCACCUCACCGUUUCAGUCCCGCCGCCGAAGGACAAGCGCACGAAAUCGUUUGGUGGGAAACAAAUCCCCGUAGCCCACCGCGUCGUUUUUCUAAGCCGCAAGCGUCUUGGCGACGAGACCCCGCGUCAGAGAGACAUUGAACGGAUUGUUCUGGCCGCUCCGGCCAAGUAUUGUCGGGACUGUGAGGAGUGGAUCCCGUUCGAGGUCGUGCGCGCGCAAUGUGCUGGGCAUAGGUAUGGGGAAGGUGUGUACUCGGAUUGAAAGACGUCAGAUGGAACGAAUCCGCACGGGCGUUGAUAUAUCUGCGACCAUCCCUUGGAUUCUUUGUCGACGCUAGCACCAUUCAAAUAGAAGUUUACUAAUUCUUGGCAACAGAGACCUGCAUGACACAUCGUCCACUUCGAUUGAGACUUAACUUGUCGCGCAUACGGAACUUUCUCUACACUAGCAUCGUUCAUCUUCCAGCAAGGUCUGCAGUCCUCAAAAGAGUGCGCAGAAAUCAUAGUCGA